ACAUCAUUUUGCUAUUAAGACAGUACGGACCGCAACGGCGAAGUCAAUUGCCAGCCGGAACUAAAGACUUGAACAGUUUGCAACCUAUAUCAUAAGAAGCUAACGAUAGCUAAGCUAAUGUUAGGUGAACACCAAGGCUGUUACAGCGUAUUGAUAUCCGUUUUUAUUAUCAUAAACAAACAGAAUGGACCGUGGAAAGCCAGGCAACACAAUGGAGACUGUGAAAUGUGGGCAGAGUUUCUCAGACAGUGGCUCGUUUACCUCACACCCCUGUUCAGGAACCACUCCAUCCAGUACAGUACAGUCGAGGAACUACAAGUGUUCUCAGUGCAGUGAGGUUUUCUCCAAGCCAGGUGUCCUGAAACAGCACUUCAGAAUUACCCACAGUGGACAUGACCCUGAAGGCCCGUACCCCUGCACUGAGCCAGGCUGCCAGUUCAGCAGCACACACAGACAGGAGUAUCAAGCCCACCUGGCAUCCACACAUGGUCUCACUCUUGUUCCCUGCACCGUCCAGUCCUGCAAAGUGUCUUUCCUCACACAGGAGGAGAGGGAGAGACAUUCGAGGGGACACAUGCCCUUUGGCUGCUUUCACUGUCAGUUUGCCACUCAAAAUGUAAAAGACCUGAAGAACCACCUCUUGGAGCACAACAAUCAAGGGAAUGCGACAGCAGCCACGACUGUAUCCACUCAAGGAAGCCACGAACCUCAGCUGUCCAGCAGGCCAAAAAGGAAAAUAACGCCCAACCCAGCCUGUGCAUCAUCAUUACCAGAAGAUGGGAAUGAGGAACAGCCUCAGAGGCAAAGACACAAUACUAAAAGAGUGAGGAAGGCAGUGGAAAGUGACAAACCCUCAGCAAUGAAUGCCGCCCCUCUGCCAUCCAAAGAGUACCUUGCAGAGGGAUCAGAGCACACUUAUCGCACCCACACCUGCCCCAAGUGUCGGCGCUGCUUCAAGAUGCGCUCCCACCUGCAGGAGCACCUGCAUUUACACUUCCCCGAUCCCAACCUCCAGUGUCCCACCUGCAAGCGUUACUUCACCAGCAAGAGCAAGUUACGCAUGCAUUGGCUCCGUGAGGUCGGAGAGAAGGUUCAUCGUUGCCACUUGUGUGAAUAUUCUGCUGUGGAGCGAAACGCAAUCCGUCGCCACAUGGCAAGCGUCCAUGCCGAUGAGGUAGAAAAUGACGUGAGCAGUCCGAGCUAUCCCUGUCCCACCUGUGGUCAAAGCUUCCGCCAGAGCAGGUCGCUUAAAGCCCACAUGAAGACACACAACAUCCUGUCGGACAGCAAGCCGGUGGCAUGCUUCCACGAGGGUUGUACCUUCCAGAGUUCUCAACGCAAAGAACUGCUCAGACACACUGCAGAAGUGCACGGAGUCAGGGCUGUGGAGUGUCGUCACCACGCGUGUGGGGCCGUCUUCCAAAGCGAGAUGGACAUGGAGGCUCAUUAUCGGACACACCUCGCCUACCACUGCUCACACUGUGACUUCUCUUCCUCCAAUAAGAACCUCUUCCUCCAGCACCGGCGGAACGGUCACCCGGGGAGUGACAAGCUCAGCUGCGACUUCUGCUCCUACGUCACAUUCAACCCCGUGGAGUACGAGCAGCACGUCGGACAUUUGCACGCCAACGAGAAGAUUCAUCGCUGCUCUCAGUGCAGCUACGUUACCGCACAUAAACGAGGCUUGAAGCGACACAUGCUCAUGCACAGUGGUGAGAAACCCCACAAGUGUAGCCUGUGUGACUUCAGGUGCCGAGAUGAGUCCUACCUCUCCAAACAUAUGCUUACUCACUCCGAUAAGAAGAACUUUAUGUGUGCUGAAUGUGGAUAUGUCACUAAAUGGAAGCACUAUUUGAAUGUCCACAUGAGAAAACAUGCUGGAGACCUCAGGUAUCAGUGUGAUCAGUGCUCUUACCGAUGCCAUCGCAUGGACCAGCUUAAUAGCCACAAAAUAAGACACCAGGCCAAGUCACUCAUGUGCGAGAUCUGUGCUUAUGCCUGCAAGCGCAAAUAUGAGCUCCGUAGUCACAUGUUGGUCAAACACUCUGGAGAGGAAAAAUCACCAUCUGUCUAUAAGUGCAAAUACUGCACAUACACCACCUGCUACAGACAAGCCCUUCAAAACCACGAGAACUGCAAACAUACCAAGCUGAAAGAGUUCCGCUGCGCCCUCUGCUACUAUUCCUCUUUCAGUAGCAUCAGCCUCUUCCUGCACAAGAGGAAAGCUCAUGGCUAUGUUCCCGGGGACAAAGCAUGGCUAGAGAACUAUGCUGCAAAGGAGAAGGAAAGGAAGUCGACUGAGUUCUUGCAAGAUUUUUACAAUCAGGCUUCAGCAGCCAAUGAGCAGUCUGAACAAUCCAAUUUUGAAGGAACUCCAGCUUCUCAAAGAGAACAAUCUGAGUGUCCUGCCUCAGCAGGUCACAGUGCCAGCAAAGAAUCUGCAGCUGGUUCACAACCUGUGGAUCCUGUAGAUGUUUUUGAUGUUGUUUCUCAGGAGGUUGUUAAUGAAGGUAUUUCAGACAGUCCUCCAUCUGCGAACAGUCAUGAGGAGUACUGUACUCUUGUUUUAACAACACUGUCAACCACUGACUAUCAGACCUCCUCUUUGCAAAAUCAGGAAGAAAAAUGUGCAAAUCAAACUCCGAGCUUAUCUUAUACAAAUCGCAAUGACUCUGACAUACCACACGAGAAAGCAGACUUUUCUGCUUCUUCAUCAGAGGAGGACAAUGCAGCAAUGGCAGGUCCCGAAUGUGAAGAAACUGACCAAGAUGACUAUGAGACUCUGAAUGAUCACACAAGUCAACCAGUCAAACUUGGGGAUUGUCAGACACCUGAGGUGGAGAGUGAAGGUGAAACAAUCAGUUCCACUUUUCCAUCCGAGCAAAGUCAGCCGUUAGAAUCUGAGAUCCGUCUGAAAGCUAUGAAGAAGCACGACAAGGACCAGGCAGAAGCCAUGGUUCUGGAGGGACGGGUGCAGAUUCUCGUGGUGCCAACUAAAGAGGUUUAUCGAUGCAACAAGUGCUCUUAUGUAACCAGUAAGGAGACAGCUUUGAAGUACCACUGCCAGGCUUCGUGUGAUGGAAGGAUAAAGGGACACACGUGUCAGGCCUGUGGUGCGCAGUUCAAACAGAGGCGAGGCCUUGAGAGCCAUCUUGAAAAGAAAUGCCCAGCACUUCCGCGAAAAACAAGGACAUUUGUAGGUAUUCCAGCAGAAGAUAACUCUGCAGGUCAUAGAGCACCCGAACAAAUGGAUAAAGGAACACAUUCCAAUCAGACAGAGCUUCUAUCAUCACAAAAUUGUAUUUCCAAAGAUUCAAAUGAUCAGGAAUUCCAUCAGCAAGAAGAAGAAUCUCAUUUAACAAACUGUAAGAGCUCUUUAAAUAAUGCUUUCAGUGAAUCAGGACAGCAGAAAAGCAAAAUUCAGGCAGAAAAGCUUUUAAAAGUCAGUCUUGCAAAAACGUUUUUUAGUCACAAAGAUAGAAAUGUCCCAUUGCAGAAGCCGCUUUAUGCUCAAAAAGAUGGGAAAUACAAAUGCAAGCUGUGCAACUUUUCAUCAGUCAGGCUUGCAACUGUUGAACGGCACCUCUCAACCUGCAGAAAAAUCUUAAAGAAAAGUGAGAAUCAGAUCAGUCCAGAAGUGGAGGAUGAGCGUGCUGGUGAGUCGGUCAAUGAAAAGGAGGAUUUGACGGAAGAGUACAAUGACAGAACUGGGAAAGUUCCUGAGAAACAUCAAAUCUUCUCCUGUCCAAGCUGUGAAUUUAAGUGCAAUCAGAAAAGAGCGUUAGACAGUCAUGAGAAGAGAGGCUGCUUAAAGCCAGAUGAAAUCCAGUGCACCAUGUGUUCAUUUGUAGCUAAAUCUAAAAUGUCUUUGACUCGUCACAUCCGAUGUGUCCAUGAUAAAAAAAAGGUUGGCAUUGCUGAGGGUUUGCAUUGCCAGCACUGUAGUUUUACCUGUAAACAAGAGCGAUGCAUGGCACAGCAUGUGGUGCUCAAACACAAGGGUGCACGACCUUACCACUGUCGAUAUUGUCCUUUUAGCACCACGAGGCGCUAUCGGUUGGAUGAGCACGAGUCUCUCCACACAGGAAUCGGUCGUCACAGCUGCGAUAAGUGCGACAAGACCUUCGGAGCUGUGACCAAGUUGCGUCAGCACAAGAUGCGCAUCCACGACAAACAGCCGACACACUUCUGCUCGCUCUGCGACUUCACCGGCUACACACUGGAUGACGUGAGACGGCACAAUGUCAGAUGCCACACAGGGGAGUUACAGCACGCUUGCACUCAUUGUGAUGCUCAGUUCAGCUCAGAAGUUGCACUGAGAAACCACUGUAAACGUGGGCACCAGCUCCAGGUCUGUUUCUCAUGUAAGCAGUGUGACUACACGUGUGGCAGCAAGGUCACUCUGAAGACACACCAAGAAAACAAGCACCCUCAGGUGAAGUGCAGCACCUGCCAGGAGAGUUUUAAGACAAAAGAGAGCCUCGAAGUUCAUCAAAGAACCCACCUGGCACAUCAGUGUCAUCUCUGUCCCUUUGCUACCAAAACAAGGCAGCUGUUAGCACAACACCUCCUGAGUGAACACGAGGAGGGUCCGCCAGAGGACAAGCCUCUGAAGUGCAGCUCUUGUCAGUUUGCUUGUCGGCACCAGCUGGUGUUAGAGCAGCACCUGCGUUCACAUGGAGGCAAACGUCUGUACAAAUGCACAGACUGUGAGUAUUCAACCCGGAACAAGCAGAAGAUCACAUGGCACAUUCGCAUACACACUGGAGAGAAGCCUUACAGCUGUGAGCAGUGCACCUACACCUGCACUGAUCCGUCUAGGUUGAAGCUUCACAUGCGGGUUCAUCAAGAAGAGAAGAAGUAUCUCUGUCCAGAGUGUGGCUACAAAUGCAAAUGGGCGACUCAGCUGAAAUACCACAUGACCAAACACACAGGGGACAAGCCGUAUGCCUGUGAUGAGUGUGACUACUGCACCAACAGAGCAGACGCUCUCCGUGCCCACCGGGACACGCAGCACUGCGACCUGCGCCCUUACGUCUGCGAGAAAUGCGGCAAAGCCUUCAAGACAAGUUUCAUACUGAAGACCCACCAGCGGCAACACAGUGACGAUCGGCCGUACACGUGCGGCUUGUGCCAGAAGGCUUUCCGGUGGCCGGCGGGUCUCAGGCAUCACUACCUCUCGCACACCAAGCAGCAGCCGUUCUGCUGCCGCCACUGCUCCUACAGAGCCAAACAGAAGUUCCAGGUGGUCAAGCAUCUGCAGAGACACCAUCCGGAGAUGUCAGUGGAGCAGGGGGUGGUGAGGGACUCUGAAGCAGUGAGCCUGACCCUGAAGGAGGCCUUGCAGGGGACACUGGAUGAGAGAGAAGUGGAGGAGGAGGAAGAGGAAGGAAGAGCCGAUGUGGUGCAGGAUGUCGAGGAGGUUGUGCAAAGAGAGGAAGACAAGUGAGACAAAAUGCUAGAGAUCGGGCAGUGGUGAUUAUUGCUUAAAGAUAUAGUGAACUGGGGGCAUCCUGGUGGCUCACACUGGUAGAGCGCUUACCAUGAAAGCCGUGUGCUUGCUGCAGCGGACCCGGGUUCGAAUCCGGCCUGAGGUUCCUUUGCUGCAUGUCUUCCCCUCUGUCUCCCCCUUUCUAUCUGUCUCUAUCCAAUAAAGCAAUAAAAAUGCCAAAAAAAUAAUCUUAAAAAAAAAAAAAAGAUAUAGUGAACUACGUGA